UCGGCUUCACUUUCCCCCACGAUUGCGCCGCCCGCCGUCUGAUAAUUUUAUUGCCUGCAGCUCUUUUGCGCCGCUCCCGUGUGUUUUUUUUUUUCUUGCAACGGCGCGCUUGCGCAUUGGCUAUCGCAAACGCCAGCAAUACUGAACAGAGAGCAAGCAAACCCCCGCUGCUCGGUUGAGGAGCAUGAAAUCCGACGACCCAGUGCAGCCUUUGCGCCUCUCCAAGAGCAACACCAUGCCUUCGCCAGCAAAGGCCGGCAGCGCGAUCCCGCGCCCGCUCUCUGAGAUCUCCCCAACGGAGAAGCGACGGAAUUCGCCAAGCUGGAACCAAACCACUAAGAAACUGGCACUCACGGACUCGUCUCCAUUCCAGUCGUCGCCCUUGGAAAGCAGCACCACUUCCCCGCGCCUUUUCUGGCAGAAUCGCAGCUUUAACUCGGAAAACAGCCUGGGAUCACCGUCUCCCUCUCGGCGCUCCUCCAUCGAGCGCUUGCAGAAGGCCUCGCGCGUCAAGAAUAGCAAUAUCCUGGCCCUCGAGCAGAAGCAGGAAUACGACCCGACCCGGGUGCCCCACAUCGAGCGCCCUCUGGCCAAAGUCCAGGGCAACGCUUUUGGUGGCAGUGGCGUCGCCGGCCUUCGCUCCGAGAAGCAGCCGUUCGGCCACCAGAGAAGCGAGAGUAAUACGAGCAUCCUUCCCCCGAGCCCCACCAAGACUGUUGUCCCCUCUUCACUGAGCUCCCCAGUGCGGCCGACAACGCCGAGCAAGGAUCAGCCGUCGCCGAUGAAGUCCUCGCUGUCGAGCCGCUUCAAGAGCAGCUUCGACCCGGAGACCGGGACCUGGUCCGAGACGUCGGGCGACGAGCGCAACCUCCCAGAGGGCAAGUCGCUCCACCGACAUCAGAAGAGUGUCACGUUCGACGCAGCUCCUCCUCAGGUCAACGAGUACGAGAUGGCCACCCCCGACCUCUCGUCCAUUGGGAGCAACUCGAGGGAAGGCAGCUACGACUCCGAGGAAGAAGACGACGAAGACGAUGAGCACUACAUGACGUAUGGCAGCGUCGACCCGGAUGAUAGCUUUGACGCUUCGCUCGAGGAUACCGACAAGACCCCGGUCGUGGGCCCGGAUGACUGGCGGCAGGGGAGCCAUGACGACCCCUUCGAGAGGAGCCCCAUGCCCGACGAACUGCCGCCCGUCCAGAAGCCGCUGCACCGUCGCACCGACUCGUCCAACUCGAACGGCGAGAGUCGGCCAUUGCCCCCGCUCCCGGGUAUGGGCCAGGCGAGAAGCUUGCCGUCGCCGCCGCCGGCAUCUAGCCCCAGCGCCGAGGCUAAUAGCAUUGGCAACGGCCGGAUGCCUCUCGAAGAGCGCCUAAGGCUCAUGAUGCUGUCCGACGACGGGAAGUCCGCCGCUGAGCAGCAACGCGAACGCCGCAUGAGGCGUGCUCACGCGCGCGAGCGGUCCCAGAGUCAGACGCCCGAGCGCGAGAGCCGGAGUCCCAGCGCCCAGCCUCACUCGGACUACGAAGAGGAAGAAGGAGAUACCGUCGGAGAGCUGUCGGGCCUUGAGGAGUACCAGCUCCCUCCGCGCAUCUCGCGCGAGUCGAUCCUACGUCGUGUCAACGGCAACAAGCUGUUUGACCGUGAGUCGGACUACCGCUUCUCGUCGCCUGCCGCUCCCUCGUCUUCUGAGCAGCCCUUUGCAUAUGAUCCCGAUGUGCCGAUUCCUAGCACCGAAGACUCGAUGAUGAUGUACGAGGACUCCGAUGAGGGGAGCGUCAUCAUCAAGCGGGACAGCGAGGAUCAUGAGGCCAAGGAGUACGAUGUUGAUUCGAUCGCCGACAUGUACCAGCGCUCAGAGACAGUGGACGGCGAUGAGGAAGCCGACGAAAAGAGGCAGUCUGACGAUGACAGUGCGAGCCAGUAUUCUAACGAUGAUACUGACGAUGAUGAGGAUCAUGAUGAUGGGCCUCAGAGCAACAAGGAGGAAGACGGCGCGGAUGACCACGCUCCUACUCCGCGGGUAGCUUCUGCGGCCGAUGAGGCGGCUGUGGCCACCCAAGAAACCGAGGCGCCCACGUCGCCGGAGCUGCCGGACAGACCUGAGGAGAGCGACUUCUCCAAGAGCUUCGAGUCCUGCAUUCUCGCCCCCAAGCCUGAGGAACCAGAAGCUGUCCCAGAGCCAGAGAAGGCGAGCACGGCGGACGCUCAGGCUGACCUGCAGCGGCCCUUCACACCGCAGGAACAGCUUACAAGGUCGCUCACCAAACCUGAGUAUGAUGGAUCCGGGUGGGGCGAGCCUGAAGACGAGUUCAACGAGCCGGGCACUCCCGAGUCCGUCAUCCACCAUCCCAUUCCCGACAGCGAGGACGAGGCGGCGCGGCAGUCUCCCGCCAUCCCGGAGCAGCUGGCCACCAUCAAAUCAGCAUCCGGCUCCAAGCUGAAGACGCGGCCGUCGGCAACCCCAUCCGAUCUUGCUGCCAUGCGGGAGGCUCGCCGUCAGGUCAGCCGCGAGGUGCCCGACAUCCCGCCCAUCCCCGAACGGCACCGCAGCCGCAUCGCGCGCGACAAGGACGCCGAACUCGGCCAGACGAGCAGCGACUUCCUCGAACGUCAUCCUAGCUUUAAGAAACGCAGUCUGACACUGGAUCUGGACCUCGGCCUCAGCCUGGACCAAGACUUUGACCGGGUUAUUGAAGCACAAAAGCGCGGCUAUCUGAUGCGACAGAAUACGAAGGUUGUUACGGCCAGCGACAAGGACCUUGUCGAUGAUGCCCGUGCUUGCCGAUCGGCAGGCAAUUCUCCCGUGAAGCAGACGCGUCCGCAGUCCUGGACCGUCGAGCCCUGGAGCGGCGUGAGGAAACGGAGUCUCCGGGCGAGAGUCCCGGUGGCAGGGCCGGCUCCGCCCUUGCCCGGGCAAGAGAGCAAUGCCGUGGCGCCAAGUCAGCUUAAGGAAGAGGACGUGGGCGUGGAGAUGGCGACCGAGGACAGCGGCGAGAGAGGUAGGCUCUUCGUUAAAGUGAUGGGAGUCAAGGACCUCGAUCUGCCGAUCCCGAAGAACGAACGGACAUGGUUCAGCCUGACACUGGACAACGGAGUGCACUGCGUGACAACCGCUUGGCUGGAGCUUGCACGCAACGCGCCCAUCGGGCAGGAAUUCGAGUUGGUUGUGCCCAACGACCUCGAGUUCCAACUUACCCUCAACGUCAAACUGGAGAAGCCGGCGCCUACGCCCGUCAGCAGCAAGAAGGCGCUGCCCUCCCCGACCAAAGCCAGCAAGCCCAAGACGUCCACCUUCAGCCGCGUCUUCGCCUCGCCCAAGAAGCGCAGGGAAAUGGAGCUCCGUCAAAAGCAGCAAGAGGAAGAGGAGCGGGCGCUGGCCGCUCAGCGCGAGGCGCAGGCGCGCCAACUCAUGAAGGCCGCUCAACAGCCCACCGCCUGGGAUCUGCUCAGCCCGCUGGCCGCCGAGGACGGCAGCUUCGCGCGCGCCUACGUCUGUCUCAAGGAGCACGAGCCGCGCUGCUUUGGCCGGCCGUACCAGGUCGAGGUAGCCGCGUUCAACGAGUGGGCGACGGAGGAUGCCGGCUUCGCGUCCAGCGUCAAGAGCAAGCGCGGCACUGCGGGCGGCGCCGGCGGCGUGAUCCGUCGCGCGCCGUACAAGAUCGGCAAGCUGGAGCUGCAGCUGCUGUUUGUGCCGCGGCCGAAGGGGGCUACCGACGAGGACAUGCCCAAGAGCAUGAACUCGUGCAUCAGGGAGAUGAAGGCCGCCGAGGAGAGGCUCGCCCGCAGCUGGGAGGGCCAUCUCAGCCAGCAGGGCGGUGAUUGCCCUUACUGGCGGCGUCGCUAUUUCAAGCUCGUCGGCACCAAGCUGACGGCCUACCACGAGGCCACGCGGCAGCCACGCGCCACCAUCAACCUGGCCAACGCCAAGCGCCUCAUCGACGACCGGCGCACGCUCGUUGAGAAGGAGACAACGGGCAAGAACGGCAGGCGCCGUCGCUCAGCCUUCGCCGAGGAGGAAGAGGGCUACAUGUUUGUCGAGGAGGGCUUCCGCAUCCGCUUCAACAACGGCGAGCUGAUCGACUUCUAUGCCGACUCGACCGCCGACAAGGAAGGCUGGAUGAAGGUCCUGGGCGAGGUCAUCGGGCGCGAUAGCCUCAGCUCGGUCGACGGUGGGGACGACUUCACCACGACCGGAUCGAGCAGGAUGAAGGGCAAGUGGUGUGAGUUGGUGCUGAAGCGGGAAGAGGCCCUGAAGAAGAGGGCCGAGGGACGGAGGGUGCACUCCCGGACGAAGAGCAUGUAUGUCUGAUGGGGUGGCGCCUGCUGUUGGGGAUGCUUUCCUAUUGCCAC